AUGGAAGCAGCUACCAACCAUCUGCAAGCUAAACUUGAUGCUGGUGAGAAUGAGUCUGUUUUGUCAAAUGGUAAAACCUCACCUCAUUCAAAAGCUUCAGUUAGUGAAAAAUCGUCAUUGAGAUCUGAUGUUAAAUCAAAGAGCUCUGUCCAAAUGCAGGCUUCUAUGGCAGUAAAAGAACAAUUUCUGCAUGCAACGUCACUUACUCAAAUCGAACUGAAUGCUACCCAGACUGAAGAUAGACUUAAAGAAAUGGAAAAAGAGCAGAGUGAAAAAGAAGCACAGAUGAAAAAGAUCGCAACAGAGCUAGAACUUAGUAAACAACGUACAGAGGAAGCCAGAAUAAUAGCAGAGAUCAACAAAUCUAAAGCAGAAAAAGCUACUGCCCAAGAUCAUGGUAUUGUACAGGAUUGCAUUCAAGAUGAAUUCACAGUCACCUCUAUACCCAAACUAGGACAGGUUUUGGCAUGCUCAGCUUUUCAUUUGAAGGGUGUUAACUUACCUAACUUUUCUGGAUAUAACAAGACAGAGUAUGAAAGCUGGAAAGCUGCUUUCAAUGUUAUGGUCGACUCUCGAAAUAUAUCAGUUGGCGCAAAGAUGUUGCGUUUGCAGAAUAGUCUUUCGGGAAAGGCUUUAGAUAUGAUCAAGGCUUUGGGUUUCUCAGAAGCUGCCUACGAGCGAGCAAAAGUAAAACUCGAGAAGCGCUUUGGCGGUGAACGAGGACAACAAAUCAAGCACUUGACCACUCUGCGAAAUUGGCCGAAACUCAGACCUCGCAAUCUGCAAGAUUUGGAGGAAUUCCAAGCCCUACUGGAACAAAUCUUGAUCAAUAUGAAAGACGGUGCCCCUUUGCAAGACCAGAGUUUGAACUUAUCUGCAAAAGAAAAACUGACAGAGAUUGAUGUUCAGAAUUAUAAACACUGGCUUUUGGAUCAUGCUCAAGAAGAUUGCUUCAAAUCAUUGGUGGACUGGAUUGAGUUGCGCAUUAAUGUAAUGGAAGAAGCUAAAGAAAAAACUGGUGCCCUUCAUAGGAGAGAGCAGGAACGUUCUAACAGAUUGAGAGACGACAAGAAACCACACUUGGGCUUCUCGGCGAGAUCCUUGUACAGCAAGUGUUGUGUUGUGAGCACUUGUAAAAAAGACCACCCUCCUUGGGUAUGCAGCGCAUUCAAGGCACUGCCAGUGGCCAAGAGAAAAGAACUAAUAGCUAAAACUGGUCGUUGUUUUCGUUGUUUGGCUGCAGGCCACCAUGCCAAGAAUUGUUCAAAUUACCCUCAUGAAGAAACAUCAAGCGAUGUAUCAACAAGAUGCCAGUUAUCAACCAAGUCGCCCCCUUUCUACCCCAACCAACAAGCAGCAGGGGAUCCUCCACAUGUUCCAGCGACACCUGGUACUGAAAAUGCUCAAUCAAGAUCCAAACAGUCUAAUGGGCAGCGAGCAUACAAAACAAGCAGAGCCGACAAUGUGUCUCUAAUGGUUUUGCCUGCAUUGAUCAGCAAUGGAAGAAAAGACCUACAAGUUAAUGUUAUGUUGGAUCCAUGUUCCACAGGUUCUUAUGUCUCGGAGGCAGCUGCCAAUUAG